AAGAGAACGAAAAAUUACUCGCAGUGAAAAAAACGGGACUUGUGAAGUUAACUUUUGAGGUGGCACAAUAUAUUUAAUCCCCACAAAAACUAUUUAUAACUUGUGAAAAAUGUAAAACGUUUAAAUUAGUUGAAUAAUAAGGCGAAACGCGUUGGUAUUUGUUGAUAUUGUGUGAAUCGGAGCAGCAACCAUGACAUCUAUAUUGGACAUGAAGCCUGGUCCGCCCGACUAUUGGGCGGACAUUUAUAACUUUUUUCUGCCGCUAAAAUACUUCAUCACAAAUGACCGGUUCGAUGCAUUAAUGCAGCAUGUAGACUUGAAUUAUUUGCUCAAUGCUAUGUUUUGGAUAUUUUUAUUAUUCGCCGGAGGCUUCAUUGGAUUCUAUAAAAUAUUCGAGGUUUUCCUAAAAACAUCUAAUAUAAAAUUCUACAAACGUAAACAAUUCGCACGAUCCGUGUGGAACCUUGCCUUUUAUGCCGCUUGCACACUCUUUUUAUAUUUUUACAAUGAAUUUAUGUUGCUACCGCAGCUGUUCAAGAAUCAAGGACGCUACUCAUUGUUCUAUUCAUCAGAGAACAUGAUCUUUUACAAAUCACAACAGUGUGAAAAAUUUCAAUUCUACUCGCUAUUCAUAAUAACAUUUAACCUACAUAACGCCAUAUUGGAUUUUAAGGAAUCCGAUUAUCUAGAGGCUUGCUCGAAGACGCUGUACUUGCUUGCAUUGGGAGCUAUUGAUGUGUACAAAUAUGAAAACUACUUUGUUGGUUUGAAUCUCAGCUUAGGCGUCUACAAUAUACUUACGGAAUCUCUUUUUCUGUUGGCUUUAAUUAAUUCGAAAGGCAGCCGUUUAUUGUUUCAAGUGUUUUUGGGACUACGCAUCGCUUCCUGGUCCCACGUAUUCAUCAGCUUGCUACCAUUUAAAUAUUUAGUUCCUACGUUGUUUGCCAAAAAUUUUAAAAUAAUGUUAAAUGUUACAAUUUGGCUUUGGUACGGCUUGUCCAUUUGGAAUUCGCCAGUGCUGCAGUAUUUUUACCACCAGAUUUAUCACUCUUCGCCGUUGGACUGCUCGGGUGAAGGAUCUGCAGCAAAAUGCAUUUUGCUGAAGGACUCAAGUGAGCAUCGUCACUUUAAAACACUAAAAAAGGCAUAUAUGGAAGUAAAAUUGGCGCAGGAGAAGUUAAAGAUCAGCUCUCUAGCCAAUUCGUCUGGCUCAGAUAGUUCCUGUACAUCAGCAAAAGCUUUUCAAGCUAUUAAAUGCAUAAUGACGCUGAAGCGUAAAUUGAAGCGUAUACGUGAGGGACGUGGCUCAGAGAUGGAGAACGACACCGAAGAUAUGAAUAACGAAUAGAUGCGAAAAAUGUCGAGCUGUCAUUUGAUGUCGCCGAACCGAGACCAUGUUAUAAUAUGCAAUGUUGAAUGUUGUUACACACACGUAUUCCCAGUUUGACAGUGUCGGUGGAAAUAAUGCCUAACCCAACAAGACCUUAUUUAUAUUCUGUAGCACUAAAUCUCGUAAUAUUAUUCCUUUCAUUUACUUUUAAUUUUUAACACCAGGCUCUCUAUUUUUUAUUCCUAAUAAUACCACUUUAUUUUAUUCCUAUGCUAGAGUGCAGAGAGAACGCUCUUUUAUUUAUAAUUAUGAAAAAGACAAUUUUGUAUUGUUUGAUACAAAGCAAUCGUAUGACGUCAGUUUUACCGCUCUUUGUAACUACUUAAACUAAACAAAAUAUUGUUAAAUUGUAAUAAACACGCAUAUAUACACUUUA